AUGUUGGGGGAAUUCGUGACCUGGAGCCUGGUGUAUGUCUCCGUUCUUCCCCUCAAUCAUCUUUCAUCCUUCUUGGUCGCCGUUUACAUUGAUCAAUCGAUGUGCUAUUUCUUCGAUGUGACGGCAGGCUGCUGCUCGGAUAUGUGUACCCUGCAUUCGAAUGUUUUAGAGCCAUCGAGCGAAAGGAACCCAAGGUGGAGCAGCUCCUGUUCUGGUGUCGAUAUUGGUAAGCCCGCCGAAUUCCCACCUGUUUCAUAGCUCUGAGCGACUGCGAAUAGAUAUUUCUCGGUUGCAUGAAGUCAAUGCUUCGAUCCGGAUUCCACUCCGACGGAGCAGAUCAGUUCCAUUGGCCUCUGGUCAGGAAACUCCGGAAUAAUCCAGUUAAUCUAAUAUUACCUGAUUAUUUUCAAAUUGUUCAUAAAUUUAUUAUUAUUUUCCGAUUGACCGAUCGCAGGGUCAUAAUGGGGCUCUUAACCGCUCUGGAGAGAUUCGGAGACAUGUUUGUUUCAUGGUGAUCGCUGAAUUUCCUCUUCCGUUUGGCGAUGUUCUUUGGCUAAUACCAGUCACUGAUCGUCAGGCUGCCGAUGUACGGUGAAGUGAAGCUCGCCUUUGUAAUCUACCUGUGGCAUCCGAAGACGGAGGUGAGCUUCUUCUGCCAUAAAGCUCCGAAUCGAGAUCCCUGAAAACAUUUUACCGAAUUUUGGGGGCUGUGGAUGGUCUGUGUGUAGGGUGCACGGCACAUCUACAGGGAGUUCUUCUUCCCCUGGCUGGCCAAGCACGAGCCUCACAUCAACCGGAAAUUGCAGGAAGCUAGGGCCAAAUCUGGGGAUCUGAUUCUGUUUUACGUGAAGAACUUCACAGAGAAAGGGCAAUCUCUGGCCUUCGAUGCCUUGCAGUAUGUCAUCCGGCGCGCGUCGGGGGCUUCCCACUCUCAGGUAUCCUCCUUCCUAUUGCAGAAAUGAUCAAUCACAUCGAUUCUUCGAUUCUCCUCUGAAUUCCUUUCUCUCGGUAUGCUUGCUCAUAUAGCUGUCACGAGAAAAUGAGGCCCCUCCGCCACCUCUGCCGGAUCAGGGACAGGGAGCACGGAGCGGAGAGGGAAGCAUGGCGAUGGAACGGAUUCUCAGAGACGCGCCGAUCAAUUUCCUCUGGGGCGGCCGCCGCCGGCGACGAGACUGAGAGCAGGCGAGCAUCUCACCUUUUCCCUCUUUCUCCUGUAUAUUGAAUCCCAAUCUCCCAUCUCCCCCUUCAUAAUCAGCCAAAACCAGAUCCUGCCAUCGAUCGUUACAGAAAGAAGUCGAAACCCAGAAGAAACGUUUCUUCCAAAUAA